AUGGAAACUUUUAACCCUACUGGUGUUAGUAUGUUGCUCACAAUUGACACUAAGCGCAACAGAGUUCUAUUCGCCGAAACUAGCAAGGAAGCUGUCGAUUUUCUUUUCUCUCUUCUAUCUUUGCCUGUUGCCACUGUCAUUAGCCUCCUCUCUGGGGAUGGCAUGGUUGGUUGCAUCGGAAAUCUGUAUGAGAGCGUUGAAGAUCUAGGAGACACACACUUGGAGCCCAACUUUAACAAGGAUAUGCUGCUGAAACCCAAAGCAACAGUUGUUGGUGCCGAUAUCCUUGGCGUAAACAACAAUGUCUGUAAGUCUUGCAGCUGCCAUUUCCCUGGAUAUGUUUGUCCAUUAUGUGAAUGCGCCGUGUCUACGACAGCUGCAUCUACUGGAGAAGCGCCCUGCAGCAAUGGAGGGUACGUCAAAGGUGGUGUUGUAUUUGUGAUCAUGGAUAAUUUGGUAGUGAAGCCUAUGUCUACCGUAUCAAUUAUAGAUGUGCUUAAAGAGCUGAAUGUUAUGGAGGUUGAUGCCCUUGAACAGAAGUUGGUUAGUCUUGGCAAGGAAGAGGGGUUGAAGUUGGUGCAGGCAUCUUUGGAGUCGAAUACAGUUCUUAGCAGUAUAUUCCUUGACUAUAUAUACUCCUUGUCCAUCUUCAGGGUUCAGGAAGUCUCAUAUUGGUCCGAUGGAGUGGCAAGGGCAAAAGCUGAUGCUGAUAAUGCUGGCGCUGAUACUGGUGAUACUGCUGAUGCCAUUUGGGAUGAUGGAGUUUGGCACUGA